AUGCCUGCCAAUUUCUUGAAACCUGAUAUUGACCAAGACUUUUGCAUGGAUAACUGUCAAUCAAAGGGUUUUCUGCAAGAUUUUCAGCACCUUGAUCACUUUUCUUUUACAGGAUCAUCAUUCAAUCCUGACUUAGGCAUCCAUACAACUGGUUUUGAUCCCUUUGACCCCUUCUUUAAUGGAUCUUCGAUGAUAGAUUUCAACUAUUUAGAGUUUAAUCCAUUUGAGGAAAAUGAUAAUAACAAUGGUAAGUUAGUCACGCAAAAUUUUGAAGGUGGUGGUGGCUUGUUGAAGCAUACUGUUAAAGAAACUCCAUUAUCGGAUGAAAAUUCAUCUGACCACAAGCUCUUCCCCUUGACUCUUCCAGAAGUUAAGCCCUUGAAUUUUUGUGUCCAAGAUGAGAGCUCUUGCAUAACUGCUGAAAGUGUUUACUACAAAGAAGCUGGCACAAAAAGAAAUAAUAACAGAUUUUCCAACAUUGCCUUAUCUUCUUCGACGAAAAAGCAGGGGCGUGGUCGAAAAAAAUCCAAAUCUGCAAAGGGGCAAUGGACCAUUGAAGAAGAUAGGCUAUUAGUCCACCUUGUAGAGAAAUUUGGGGUGAGAAAAUGGUCUCAUAUUGCUCAAGUGCUGAAAGGGAGGAUAGGGAAGCAGUGUAGAGAAAGAUGGCACAACCAUUUACGGCCUGACAUCAAGAAGGAUAUAUGGACUGAGGAGGAAGAUAGGAUUUUGAUCGAGGCUCAUGCCGAAAUAGGGAACAAAUGGGCAGAAAUUGCGAAGAAAUUGCCCGGAAGAACUGAAAACUCCAUCAAGAACCAUUGGAAUGCAACCAAAAGAAGGCAAUUCUCGAGGCGAAAAUGUCGCACAAAAUGGCCAAAACCUAGUUCUCUUUUGCAAAACUACAUAAAGAGCUUGAAUUUCGAGAAGAGCAGUAGUGGAAGAAAAAACGCUUCGACCACUGAUACCCCAACAAUCGGUGAUCAUAAACAAAAUUCAAACCCUAAUGAAGAGGCAAUGGAGUUAAACAGUGAUCCACUUGUUCCAGACUAUGAUUUUAGUGAGGUUCCAGAAUUCGCAUUAGAUGACAACUUGUUUGAAAGGACCAGCAUCAAUAACCUGAAUUCAGAGAUCCACAACGCUUCUCCAAUUCUUGAUGACAAAGGCUUUUGCAUGGAGAUCCCAUAUGAUGUUCCUCCUCCAAUCAUGCAAUUUGAAGUGAAGAAGGAGCUUGACUUGAUGGAGAUGAUUUCCCAUGUCAAUCAAUAA